AUGCGGCAUUCUUACGGGUCAGUUGAGUUUGAUUCUUAGCGGUAGGAGGAAGUAACAAAAUCUGAACCAUGACUGAGAUGAAUGCCGCAUUGACCGCAGGAUGUGCACUACCGGACACUCGUUCCUGCGAAACCACGCCCUGUCCUUUCAUUUAUCACCAAGCAAUGAAGCAAGCAAGCAAAGGGCUUGUCAGUCAGUCUUCUCUCAAAAUGGAGGGCAUAGGAGUGCUAAUGAUGUGUCCAAUGUCAUCGUACCUCGAACAGCAACUCCAAAACCGAUUCAAACUCCUCAGACCAUGGGAUUCUUCCUCGUCGGAGUUCCUGAGACUGAAUCUUCAUUCAGUUCGAGCGGUGGUCGGCAACGCGGCGUGCGGGGCCGACUCCGAGUUGAUCGACUCCCUUCCGAGUCUGGAAAUCGUGGCGAGUUACAGCGUGGGUUUGGAUAAGAUCGAUUUGGGCAAGUGUGAGGAGAGAGGGAUUAGGGUUACGAAUACCCCCGAUGUGCUUACGGACGACGUCGCUGACGUGGCAAUUGGGCUUGCUUUGGCGACGUUGAGGAAGAUUUGUGGGUGUGAUCGGUUUGUGAGAAGUGGGUUGUGGAGGGAUGGUGAUUUCCAGUUGGGUUCCAAGUUCAGUGGUAAAUCAGUCGGCAUUGUUGGAUUGGGCAGGAUCGGUACAGCAAUCGCACUGAGAGCUGAAGCAUUCGGCUGCUCCAUCAGUUACCACUCCCGGUCUCAAAAACCCUAUCCCUGUUACAAAUUCUACCCAAACAUCAUCGACUUGGCAUUGAACUCUCAAAUCCUCAUCGUCGCAUGUUCUCUCACCAAAGAAACCCGUCACAUCAUCAAUCGUGAAGUCAUCAACGCUUUGGGACCAAAGGGAGUUCUCAUCAACAUCGGAAGGGGCCCACACGUCGAUGAGCCCGAACUUGUGUCUGCUUUGCUUGAAGGCCGGCUGGGAGGGGCCGGGCUUGAUGUGUUUGAGAAUGAGCCUGAGGUCCCGGAGGAAUUGUUUGGGUUAGAAAAUGUGGUGCUCCUCUCCCACGUCGGAAGUGAUUCUGUUGAAACUUGCAUGACUAUGGCGGACCUUGUGAUCGGAAACUUGGAGGCACAUUUUUGCAAGAAGCCACUGUUGACUCCAGUCAUUUGAUUGAGGGUAGAGUUCGACGCAUACCCACCAUCUAGGUUUCCUUUCUUCAAGUAGCAUGUUGUUUAGGCAAGCAUAAUUUGGAAGUGAUUAUCUUGUUUUCAUCGCCGGCAAAAUCAUCUUCGUUUCAUCACGGGUGAUUUCUAUGGUGGCGCCCGUUUCUGAUGUAACAUCUUAUGGGUCGAUCUAGAUCAAUGAAUCUCUAUGCUUCGCUCUA